AAAUAUAAUUCAUUUCAUAUCUUACAGAGCUGAAGGCAACAACAAAAAUCACAUUUUGUGAAAAGAAAUAUUUAUUAUCGUGAGAGGGAGAGCGCAAAUUGACCGCAAGAUGGCGCUCGAACAGCUUUGCGGUUUAAAUAAAAUGAUGUUUAUGAAGCCCCUUGUGGAUCCCAACCUGGAGUAUACCAACUUGGAGUCCACUCGCGUGUUAACCAUGUUCGACAAUCCCUACUCGCUGCCCGUACCGCCCUUUGACAAUCCGAAGAAGCGACUGGCCAAGCUGGAUAAGCAAGAUAAGGACGACGCGAAGGUGGAGCUAACGCAUGGCACUACCACGCUGGGCUUUAAGUACAAGGGCGGCAUUAUUCUGGCCGCCGACUCGCGCGCCUCCAAUGGCAACUUCAUCGCCUCGCAGAGCAUGCGCAAAGUGGUGCAGGUGCACAAAAAGAUCCUGGGCACGAUUGCGGGCGGCGCCGCCGACUGCGUCUACUGGGAUCGCGUGCUCACGAUGGAGUGUCGCCUUCACGAGCUGACCUACCACCGUCCGCUGUCUGUUAAGUCGGUGGCGCGCAUCCUGUCGAACAUUGCCUACAAGCUGAGGGGGCUGGGCCUGAGCAUGGGCAUGAUGCUGGCCGGCUACGAUUUCGAUGGCCCGCGACUCGUCUACGUGGACGGGGAUGGAUCCAGCGUCGAGGGCCAUCUCUUCUCGGUUGGCAGUGGCUGCUGCUUUGCCUUGGGCAUCCUGGACUCGUACUACAAGUAUGAUAUGGAGGAUGAGGAGGCCUACUGUCUGGCAAUGCGCAGCAUCUAUCAUGCCACGUAUCUGGAUUCGUAUACGGGCGGACUUGUGCGUCUCUAUCACAUGAGGGAAAACGACUGGGAGACCGUCACCGUCAAGGACUGCGCCGACUUGAGGGAGAUCUUCAGGCCGGUCAAUCAGAAUGAAUCACUGGAAGAGUUUUCGAAGUUCAUCAGGGAGGGAUUCGUGCCGGACCCCGACGAAGACCCCGCUGUACGAAAUCCUCCCCCACCGCCACCGAUAGUGCCACCGAAACCGGCACCCAAGAAAAAAGAAUAGAUUUACAGUUUCGUAUUUUUGUAUUAGAUAAUCCAAAUUGUUAAAUAGAUAAAGCUGUGCGGAAAACAAACAAUAAAGAUGUCAUAGGCAUAGGCAUACACCUA